UCAUGCAUCCGGCUAAAUUUGAACUGUCAAAACAAAACAAAUUAAUGUCAGUCAGUGUAAAAUUCACAAGUUUAGUUUUCGUAAAAACUACAAUGAAAUAAUUGGAAACCGAUUUACAUUUAAUCAGUUGUAAAGUAUACCUAAUAUUCUACAAGAAUGGACGACUCAACGAAAACUUCGCCAUCCAUCACUCGACAGAAACGCAAAAGAAAAUCCAAAACCAAAUUCACAGCAUCGCAACAAAAAAGUCCAAAAUUAGACAAUUCUACAGAAUUACCUGUGAAACCAGCAAAGAUAGCUAAAAUACAGACUAAUACCAUUGGUACGAAGUCCCAAGAUGAUGUAAAACUAUUGGAAGCCAGUGAACGAUUCCCGAUAUUGAAGGACCAAGAAUUGGUCAACAAGUUCCUUAAAGUACCCAUGUCGAAUAAUCAGAAAGGUCGCAUCCGGCAAGCAAUCAGAGACUCCUUACAUGGCACAUCAAACAUCCUAGUACCAGAGAUAAUACACAACAAAAUACAAUCUAUACUAAAAGGCAACGCAAACUUGACCGACUCAGAACUCCGUAGAGUCCGCAUACUAUACAACCUCCUUAAAACAUCACUAAAGGAAAAAGAAAAAAAGGUAGACAUUAAGCAGAAAUUAAAAAUAGAAAAAGAAAAGGUUGAUAAAGUAAAGAAAGAGACAGAAGAUAGCCCUAAAGCGAAGGAGAAAGAGGGAAAGAAAGAUAAGGGGGAAAAAAAAGAACAGCUUGAGAAAAAAGUUAAGGGUCCAAAGAGGUAUGUGGUGUUCUUGGGGAACUUGCCACUGGACGUUGAUAAGGAUAAAAUUAUAAACCACUUCUCGGAGAUGAACGAGCAUAUAAUAGACAUCCGUAUUCCCAAACCAUUGCCGGGGAAGAAGAAGGCGAUCGCUUAUUUAGAGCUCAGUAAUGAACCAAGCUAUGAGUUUGCGUUGUCGAAACACCACUCGAUGCUGGGCAACAAAAGGAUCAAUGUAUUAUACACGGCGCCGAAAAAUGCCAAGCAGACAAAAUCUGGCACGAAGGGCAAAUCAGCGAAACUAAUAGCUCUACAGAAAUCAGGGAAGUUAGUAGGCAGCAUCCCCUUAGCCAAGAAGAGAAGUCAACGCCGCCUGAAACAGAAACAAGCCCAAGCUAAAUUAGCUGCUGAAUCCGCCUGAAUUUCAUAAUCAAAUCACUUCAAAAUAAUUUGAAUACAUCUCGCCAUUAAUAUGGAUUUAAAAACAAUAUUUGUUACCUGCUUUACUACAUCUAUAGUGCGAAAAAGCCGUUAUUUAUACAAAAUAGAAGAUAAAAAAAAGAAAUUGCGCAGUUUGCUUUUAAAAAAGUUUAAAAUAAAAUGAUUUUGAAAUCAGCGAAGUAGGACUUCGCUCUAUUUCCGAAGAUUUCCGAUCGAAAACGAUGAUUUGAAUUUUGCGAAAUUCUAAUUUCGCGUAAUCUGAAAUAACGGCUAUUUUUUUCUAAAUACAAAAGUAGAAUUUUAAUUUAAAAAAAUAUUUAGAUAAUAUACUAAAAGGCAAUACUUUGAGAAUGAAUUUUAUUUUUAAAUCCAUAAUGACGAAUUAAAACUUUUAACUUACAAGUACGAAAACUAUUUAGUUCUUUUAAAUUAUGACAAUUUAUCAGAGAGAAAUGACAAUACAGUGUUGGUACUUUAAAAAAACGAAUUUGAUUUGAUUUCGUUUUAAAUUGUUUUUAGGAGUAAAUGUUUGGUUGAUGAUCAGAUCGGAACGCAUACUUGUACUAUAGUAGGUACUUUAAUAUACACAGUUUUAUUGAAAA